CAUCUUAUUUUUCGAAAGAGCUUGGUCGGAAUGGAAUAUUCUCUUCGAUUUAUAACAUUGAAUACGCGAAAUUGGUGCACAUCUGGCCGUUACAUAUGCAGAUGUUCUUUGUAGAUACAAAAUGCGAAUUUGCAAGUAAUUUCCUUGAUAGAGUAAAUAAAACAAAUGGAUUUAGGUUUCCAACUCGAUGGGUAUUAACCUAUAAGGAAUUCAUCGUACAACGUCUUUAUCCUUUUUACUUAAAUACGAGAAUUUUUGUGGUACAUUCGUUUGGUAACUACGCAUAUAUUGAGACUAUUUACAAAAUAGCUUACCAUUUUCCUUACGUAACACAAGAUUUGGCCACGUGGAAUCAAUCUCGUUUUGAGUAUUUUAACAAUCUUUCGUUUUUUAACAAUCGCAGUGAUUUGCAGGGGGCUGUAGUUACGGUUGCUGCCGUUCCCGUUUUUAACAAGAGUAUCAAUGAAAUAUUUGAAUUCAGGGAGACUGGGCUUGAUCCGUCUUUCAAAUUUAUCAUGCCUUUAAGUCUUUAUGUUGUCGAAUACCUGAACGCGACAUUAAGAGAAUUAUAUUAUUCAGUGCAUGGAACCAGUCCCAAUAAAGUCACGCACAUGUUUGCUGGAAUGAUGGGAGCGUUCCAGAUUGGAAUAGCGGAUUUAGGAGGUUCUCCUCUGUUUACUUCAUACAGUCGUAGAGAAGUAGUGGAUUUUGUGAGCUUUUCUCAGACGCAAAUCAAAUUCAUGUUCAUGGCUCCCCCGAUAUCCGUAGUUAGUAAUGUCUACGCAGUUCCAUUCGAAAUGACAGUUUGGAUUGCAACAGCUUUCCUAUUUCUUUUGAUGGUGCUCAUAUUUGGAAUCAUCUUGAAAAUGGAAUAUCUAAUAGAAGACAUGCCUAAACAGGACCCUACCAGGACCUUCGAAGCUUUAGAUGCUUUCCAAUUAGGUCUUGGAUCUGUAUGCCAACAAGGAUUGGAAGUCGAACCACAAAGUUUGUCAGGUCGCAUCGCCUCGUUCAUUUCUCUGUUAUCAUUACUUUUCUUGUACAUCGCAUAUUCAUCAAACAUAAUAACUAUUUUACAAAAAACGUCAAACAUUAUCAAAUCAACUGAUGAUUUUUUAAAUUCCCCAAUCCAAUUGGGCGCACACGAUGUAAACUACAACAAUCAUUACAUGAAGAUACAAAGUAGAGAAAUCAGCAAAGCUGUUUAUUACACAAAACUCGAACCUCCUGGAAAACCACGUAACUUUAUGGAAUUCAAGGUUGGAAUGAAAAGGUUGCGCAAUGAAUUUUUCGCGUUCCACGCUGAAAUAGCCCGGAUGUUCCAAUACGCAAGCAUUAAUUUUAAGGAUAACGAGAAAUGUAGAUUGAGAGUAUUGAACUUUUGGUUUCUGGACAUUCCCUAUGUACCACUAAAUAAAUAUUCGUCUUACAAAGAACUAUUUAAAAUAUUGCAUACCAAUAUAUUGGUGAGGGGUGUUCACAAUAGAGGAAUUAGAAGGAUUUAUACCAAGAAACCCAUAUGCGAAUCGCAAAGCUCAACAAUGAUACAUAUUAGUCUACUCGAUAGUUAUUUCGCAUUUAUGAUAUUUAUUAUAGGAUAUGCAUUGUGCAGGCCUGGAUAA